UUGUCGUGGCAUCUUCCCAGAGCUGUGGUCAUUAUUCUUGCUUAGACCUAGUGUGUGGGAAUGGAUUUAAUCUCCCCAAUUCCUUACAGCGUGUAAUUCGUGGAGGAGGGAAUGUCUACUUGCCAAAAUUCAACGCUUGGGCCUUAUGUAUAAUGUUAAUAGUUUCUUGGUUGAAGCUUUGCGUUGAUUUCUGCUAGUAAGAACACACAAAUUAGUGAUUUUUAAUAGAGUUGGAAUUAAUCUGCAUUCAGAAGUUUGCAGGUCUUGCUCCUGUGUAUAUUGCCUACUUAUAGCACCCCAAAAUACAGAUUACCAUGAAGUCCUGUGGAGAUUCUGAUUUACACGUCCAUACAUCCUCCUGUCACUUCGACCGUCUCAUUACUCCAAGACCUGUGUCCGGAUCAGAUCCUCAGGGGGCUCUUACCUGAUGAAAAAGUGAAGUUUCAAAGAGCAUAAAAACAAUAGCAGAAUCAACGCUUGCGGUUCAGGAAGCUCAAUGACCGGAGGAUUCUCUGCUUAAUUAGUGAGGCUUCUUAUCCCAUCAGCAUGUCUGAUGGGAUGGGCUCACCGCUUAAGCUACGAUAAUCUUAAAACUGUCAAAGUCAGACACUUGUUUGGCACUGCAGGAAUUGAAAGAACCGAGCAGCAGAUCCACGGGCAGUGCAGAAGCAGCCCCAUUCUCCCCGCCCUGCGAGAGGGGCUCCAUGAUUUCCUCUGAUGUGAGGAAGAUGUCGAAGCCACAGGUGGAAGAGGAAUGUUUAAUAUCUUAACUCAUGAAGACAUGGUAUUAAUUCUUAAAUAGUCCCUUGUGUUUUCAGAUUUAAGGUUCAAAUUUGCCUGAGCACAGUAUUUCCUACUAUUUUUAAGUUUUAAAAAAAAUAUUAUAGCCCAGAAGAAAAGAGGGGUUGGCUGGGAGUUUCCCACUUUGCAUCGUGUUCCCGCCCUGGUCCUGGUGUAGUUGGGAUUUCUCACGUUUUUAAGGCGCAUCCUCCUCCUCACAGGAGCUGCUUGCUAUGCCAGCCAGAUCUUCGAUGGCAAAGCAGGCAGGUCAGAACCCUUGGAGAAGUUGCUUUCUGAUAUAAAUUUGAUGUUUACCACUGACCUUCUUUUAUUUCUUGUCCAGCAGCAUUUUUGUGGUCAUCGCUCCUCACCCCAAUGUACUACUGUUGUUUUUUUUUUUCUAAAUAGUGGUUUUGGGUAUUAACACUUGUGCGAGCCUUUCUUAGAGCACAGUUUUUAAGAAGUACAGCGAGAUACGGUAUCAUAAUCUCUGUAUAUUCUUCAUGGUGACAUCAGGCAUGUCCACUACCCAUCUCCAUCCUGUAAAGUGGGAUUUAAAACUAAACAAAUGCAUUUUAGGUGACGGGCAAUGAAAUACUCUUUUCCUUUGCACCUUUGUGCCACACGGCUUUUGAAAAGAGCUGAUGUACAGCGUGAGCUGUGAGGAGGGUGGGAGAGGAGCGGGAGAAAGGUGAGGGCAGGCAGCUUCUCUUACAGAUGUUUUCAGACAGUGUCUUUGUGGGUGCUGACAUGGGUCAUAACUUAGGUUGAGCCCUCUUAGGCUGGGAACAGAUGGUCUGGCACAUGGUGUGUGUGUCGCGUGGCAGCAGGACACGUGCGGGAGCUGCAAAGCUGGUUACGGGCUCUGCCUGCGCUGCAGCCCUGGGUAUUAACGGCUCCUGGCGUCACUCCUGGGUAAUUCUGAUAAGACCAACUGAGUUGCACCGAGCGAUUGCACAUGUGGCUUUUUGUUUGUGGUCUGGAAGCUGUUUAUUAGUCCUUUGCUAACAUAAGAAACUACCUUGAAUGAAAUUUCCUAUUAUAGACCAUUAUUGUUGCAUUUUGCAGCUUUCCUUGAUAGAUUCAUCUUAUUUUCUUUUUGCAGAGUGUUGUCAUAGAAGUCACUUCUUUUUAAAGGAAAAAAAAAAUAUCAGUAAAAACACCAAGUGAUGUCAUACCAAGUAUUUAAUGUUUGUGUCCUGCACUUCUUUGGGAUGAACAGGCACAAGGCUGCAGGUGCUGGAGCUCAGUGGAUUAUUGACCAUCAGCUCUUGGCAGCUGACGAUAUAUAUAGGAAGUUAUUUUGCCUGUUGCCAUUGCUGGGAAGCUGAGGACUUGGGGCUUCAUGCAGCAAGUGGUGGCUUUUUACUAAAUUGAGACAUUUACGCUAUUGUGGUAAUAUUUUCCAUGCCACUGUUCCCAGUUCAUAAGAAAUUUUUAUCUCCCCUUGCUAUUCCUGAUCUAAAAAACAACACCGCAUGGUUCUUAAAAGUUAAUCUGGUCUUAAAAUGCCUCCUUUGACAUCCCUCUGACGCCAAAGCUUGCCUGACGCACAUGUUCGGCUCUAGGUAAGCCACUGCGGCACUGGCAGGGAUGUCCUCCUCCUACUUUGUGACCACAGCUGCUCUCAGGUCACGCAGGGAGAGCAGACCUGCCAGGUGUCCUCCUUGGCUGCAGUUUCUGCCUCUGGAAUUUGAAAGAAGUGCUUAGUGUGUCCCCAGCUUGGGAAAAGGAGUGUGAGAUGGGCAGUGGAGGGAGAGGGAGAGGCAGGGGGAGGGAUAGAAAGUAGUGAGGUACACACAUAUUAAAAUCUGCCCAGCACCAGUAAUUAAGAUAUUGCAAAUGUGGGCAUUGCACACAGCAGGUUUUCCACAGCUGGCAGUAUCUCUAAGGGCUGUGCUCCUUUUACUGGUGUCACUGGAAAUAGCUCAUCUUUCCCUCCUUCCACCCAGCUUAUUUUCACCAAUCAGGUUUUGGGCCCUUCACAAGAAGGACAUUGAGGUGCUGGAGUGAGUUCAGAGAAGGGAAAGGAUCUGGGGAAGGGGAGCACAAGUGUGAUGGGAGCAGCUGAGGGACCUGGGGAGUUCAGCCUGGAGAACAGGAGCUGAGGGGAGACCUUCUGAUCUCUGAACUGCCUGAAAGGAGCUUGGAGCCAGGGGGGGUCGGGCUCUGCUCCCCAGGAACAAGUGUGAGGAUGAGAGGAAACGGCCUCAAGUUGCUCCAGGGGAGGCUGAAGUUGCAUCUUGGGAACAAUUUCUUCCCCAAAGGGCUGUUGGGCAUUUGAACAGGCUGCCCAGGGCAGUGGUGGAGUCACCAUCCCUGGAGGGGCUGAACAGAUGUGGAGAUGAGGUUCUCAGGGACAUGGGGUGGUGCCAGGAGUGGGUUAGCAGUUGGACUUGAUGAUCUUGAGGGUCUCUUCCAACCAAAACGGUUUGAUUAUUCUGUGAUUCUAUCUUAAAAAGUGCUAUUCCUGCGUUUUACAGUUUUGUUUCAUCCCCUCCUCCAGCAGCAAGAAAUCAGGCAGCAGCCAUGAGCUACCUGGAUGAAGUUCCAUUCCGGACAGCCCUGAGCCUUGAUGGGGACUCAGGGGGACAAAACACUUCAUUCACCGCCCCGGCCAUCGACCUCCCCGACUGCGCCGACAUCCUCAUGAGCACCAUGCACGACUUCUCGCUGGAAAGAAAAGUGCUUUACUGGGUCGAGGUUGCCUCUCAGCAGCAAACCUCCCGGCAUCGGGUCACCUCCGAAGUUGUCCCCACUGCUCCGCCGUGCUGGCUGCUGCUGGUGGACCCUGCUGACAGCACUGCGGGGAGAGCACGGGACGCGCUGAUGAGACGCAGCAUCAGCCUGAGCGCGGCCGAUGGCGGCUACGGGCAUGCCAAGGGCAGAGCUGCCUUGUCCGACACCGAGAAUGAGACCUGGCACUCAGAGGAGGAUGAAUAUUCAGAGGAUGAUGAAUACUCCUCGACCUCCUGGGAAGAGAAUGACAACGAUGAAAAGGUUUCCAGGAGGAGAAACACUGGGAGAGGUGUCGCUUCACAUCCCAGCUUUUACCAGGCCCGACCAAAGACAUCACCUGGCUUGCUGGCACCCUCGCCGGAGAACAGCAGCCACAACCCAGCCAGCCCGGACCCGAACAAGCAGAGAAGAUCCAUGGUGAUAUUUAACAACAUGAAGAAUGAGCUGGAAGCGGCCAGAAGGAAACUGGCAGCUUUGGUGCAUCCUCUGAACAGAGCAGCCACGGAGAGCAGAGGGGUCCCGCUGCCGCUCCCCCAGCACCGCACCAGCCGCAGCGUCACAUACAGGCCGUCCCCAGCUGUGUUUCCUCUGGGGACAUUGGUACCAGCUCCUCCAGCCACGGCCACGCCGAUGCCCCCUAUCAAGCGGCAUAAACCCACCAUGCCGUCCCUCAGCCCCUACGCCUGCCUCCCCCCAGCCUCCGCGCCUGCGCGACCUCUCGGUUCCCACAGAUCCCAGCCGGAUUCAGCGUCUGAUCUGCUCUCGGCACUGAGCCAAGAGGAACGAGACCUCAUUGAGCCCGUGAUCGCCUUGGGCUACCCCACUCGCAAAGCCAUCCUCACCCUCCAGAAGACUGGAAAGCAAAGCUUAAGUCAGUUCCUGAGCUACCUGGGCGCCUGUGACCGGCUGCUGAAGCAGGGCUACGAGGAAGGGCAGGUGGAGGAGGCCAUGGAAAUGUUCCAGUACUCGGAAAAGAAGGCAGCUGAAUUCCUGCAUUUGUUAGCUCAGUUUAACGAUAUGGGUUUCCAGCAAAAUGAAAUUAAAGAAGUUCUUUUGCUCUGUGGAAAUCAGAAGGAGAAAGCGCUGGAAGAGCUUGUGAUGAAAACCCAGUGACGGGCACUCUGGAGCCCAGUCCCAGCUCCAGACUGGGCCGCCAAAGGACUUGGAUGGGUCGGGAAGUUCUGACCCUUCUGCUUCAUCCCCACCCGAGCAGCACAACUCACCGGGCACAAACCUUCCAAGCACCAGCGUGGUGUCUCGUCUCAUUUUAUGGACAGUUGCCAUCCCUGGAGGGGCUGAACAGAUGCAGAGAUGAGGUUCUCAGGGACAUGGGGUGGUGUCAUGGGUGGGUUAAGGGUUGGACUCGAUGAUCUUGAGGGUCUUUUCCAACCAAAGUGAUUCUAUGAUUCUAUAAACAUAUUUGUCACUGUACUAAGGUUUUAUAGCAGGAGUGUUUUAUCUCUUCACCCACACAUCUCUACCCUCGAUCAUCUCAGCUCUUUAGAUUAGAGGCAAGAAGAUCCAAGCCACCUUCAGCUUAGAUUUUGCAAAACCCAAACCAGUUUUCUCCCUCCGCCUGGGGUGAUGGGUGUCAUGUUUUCAACCACAAUCAAACAUGGAUUCUUUAAAGAUUUACAUAAAUCAAGAGAAGAGAAGGUUUUAAUAUAAACUGAGGGCUCCUGCAAAAACAUUUCCUGGUCUUUGUUUGGGAAGAGUCUCAGCUGACUUAGUCAUGGUUGAAUAUUGUAAUUGAAAUCCGGUCCAGUCACAUUAGCUGCCCCUUUUAAACCAAAAACUUGAGAAAAAUACACAAUUCAGUGAGGGCAGGGAAAGAAAACAGAGUGCCCAUGCUCCAGAAAUACAUGAAGUUUAUCCAGUGCAAUGAAAAAUGGCUUAUGCAAAGGUUUGUGCUCGGGGAAUUUAAUGAAAUCAGAACAGAGACCAGGAAUGGAUCAGCUGCCCUUGUGCUCUGCCUGAAUCACUAAAAUUUAGGGGAUGCUCCCCUCAACAGUGGUCACAGCAGCUCCAAAUGAAGUUAAGCACAGAUGUCAGGAUUGGGAAAAUCUGGAUGCCAAAGGGGAGUUUUUGUAUGUAACUGAAGGAUGGAGGGUGGGAGAUUCAGAUCUGUACGGGAUGCGUCUCUUGGCUCGGCAGGGAAAUAAUGGACAAAAAAGUAUUUUAUUUUCCUGUGAAUGAGAUACAGAUGCAAUGUCUUUAAGUAAAGAUGGUUGGACAGGUUCUUCCGAAAUGUAUUUGUAUCUUUUCCUGUGAAAAUGCCAACCAACAUAAACUAGCAGAGAAAAUCCUGAAUUAGUUACAUUAGUACCAUUUUUCAAUCAUAUCCUUCCAGACAGUCUCCCAGCCUGUCCGUAUCCAAGGGUGUUUUAUACCUUCUUGUCUUUAAUGACGUUAAAAAGGAAAAUGUGUCACCUUGUAUGUCCAAGGGAGACAUUCUUGGGGAGCUCACAGGCUCUUCUUGGAGCUCCCAGCCCUGUUUUUUCCUCCAGCUUUCCCUUGGUUAUACAAGCUUUUAUUUUUGAUACGGCCCUUAUAAGGCAAGUCCAUUGGACAGACAGCUUCUCCUGACGUUCCUUCUUGCCAAGAUGAUGUCACCUUCAAAAAAGAAACUCGCAGAAAGGUUAAACUGUGAUUACAGUUUGAGGCAAAGCGAUCUAUAUAAUCUUUGGCAGGGGAAACACCGUGAAGAUUGAAAGGGGAAGAUAAUGGUGCUGUGCUGGUGCCAGUAACAGUGAGGGCUAAAUUCUGGUGCAGCGUCGUGCCCACUCACUGUGCAAAGGCUGAGCAGCCUCUCGUUAAGAGAUUUGCUUGCUCCUGGCUCAUCAUCUUUUUCCCCCUGUUUGCAGAGGACCCCGUGGUGGCCGUGACCUCCCUGGGGAGUGCAGGGCCGCGUGGGAACCCGCUCCCACAUAUGGCUCUGAAAUGGAGCUGCAGCUGAAAAAGCAUCCAGCCUUGACGUGGAUCCCCUGUCAGGAGGUAUUUUCCUUCAGAAAUGGGGGGGAAAAAAAACAAAACAAAUCCAAGAGUAAUAAAAACCACAGAGAUUUUC